CUCACUUCACACUUCUUCUUCUUUUUAGAUAGAGAGAUAAUGGUUUUGGGAAAGCGUCAUGGCUCUUUGAUCAAGAGAACAACAAGCAUGCUAAUGAUCACAGACGAUAUAGCCACGAUCGAUGACCAUGCAUCUCAGCCGUAUGAUUAUCUAACCUUGCAUCACCAUCAUCGUAAUCCAACGGUGGUGAUGGCUACUAAUAACGAUGAUGACUUCUUGAGGACUUGUAGCUUGUGCAAUCGCAUUCUAUGCCAUCGUCGUGACAUUUAUAUGUAUAGAGGGGACAAUGCAUUUUGUAGCUUAGAGUGCAGGGAGAAGCAGAUUAUGCUGGACGAGAGAAAAGUGAAAACCGUCGUCAGAUCAUCAAAAAAACACAUUCGUAUUUAAUCGAUAUUUGUAUCAUCUAAAUAGUAAUUAUUUUUCAUUGCGGGUGAAAUCAAUAUGUUUGCGUUUUUUAUAUAAGAAUAAUAUAAUUAAAAUAUACCAGAAAAUAGAAAAUGAGACGAAAUGAUUGUGUGAUCGAUAAUAAGCAUGAUAACUUAUGAGAUGUAGAGUAAACUGAAGUUGAUUUAUUCGAGUGAAUUGUCUUUGUAAUGUGUAUAUGUAAUAUGUAAUAUCAAUGUAUAUUCAGA